GUAAUAAACAGUGCAUUAUCAUUGGCCGUGGUAAUGCCGAGACGGUUAAUUACUUUUUGUUUGUGAAGUGAUCUCGCGCGUUGCGGACAUACGUCCAGAAUAAUCUUUCAGUAUGGAGUUAUAUGGACUGUUUGUGAUAUUUAUUUUGUGCGGCCCUGCAACAGCCCCAAGCCCUUACCAGACGAAGCAAUACCGUUCGGACUACGUGUACAACAAAAAAACCGAUGCAUUUUAUAAACUGCACAUAGAAGGAAAGAGGGGUUGGCAAGUACAAAAGUUAUGCGAAGUGGAAGGCGCAAAGCUCAUGGUGCCGACGACUCAAUUAGAUAUAAUACAACUCCAUUCGAUGUUCAAGAGGUUUCCAGAUUUAGGGAACUAUGUGUGGGUGGCGGAAGAUGGGCAUAACCACGAAUCUGCAGAGGAACAGCCGCUUAUUGUAUUAACACCGAACCCUGAAGAUUCUCAACCGAGGGAUACCUGGCACUCGGCGUGUGACGUGGUAACUCGGACAGGAGAGGUGGAAACCUACCCGUGCUAUAGGGAACUGCCAUUUAUAUGCAAAGUGGACGCUAGGGACGCGCCUUACGACAAUCACUGCGGAGUGUAUGCCCGAGAUUAUGAAUAUAUCGAAAGCGUCGGCAGUUGCUAUAAGAUACCGCGAGUAGUGUAUCCUUGGAAUCAAGCGUACGCGGAGUGCCAAGCGGAGGGCGCUCACCUGGUCGUUAUCAACUCGGAAGCGGAGAUGCUUGCCGUAAAGAAUAUUAUAAACACAAAACCUAGCGUCUUGGGAGCUACUACCAGCUACUUCUUUUUUGCUGGUUUUAGAGCUGAACCCGCGCAGGAUGGGAAACCAAAAGUCUUUAAAACUAUCUUUAAUCAGACACUAGAGGAAGCCGGGUACUCUCAGUGGUCACCGAACGAGCCGAACAACUUCGAUAACAAGGAGGAUUGCGGCACUUUAUUCAAAAACGAUGGGAAUUUCAACGACGUCAUCUGCUCGCAUCCCUACGCGUUUAUAUGCGAAAAAGAAGUCCACUUGUGAAGCAAUAAUAAGCUGACGUAUCAAAUUUAGUCCAUUCAUCAUUUGUUUUUAUCGCUUGUGGCGUUUUGAGUGGUUAAUAAGAUUUCUUGAUAACAAGUAGAGUGUUGUAAAAAAAUAAUUUAGGAAAGCAAGACGCCCUUAAAGGCAGUCGAUGCGUCCAUUCUUCUGAUAUGUUUAUGGUUAUUGACGUAACAUUGUUUGAUCCACUGACCUUUUGCUGGUUGUGCUAUAACUAUUUCGACAUUAUUAGUUUUAUUUUAUAGAUAAAUCGAUAGAGCUAUCAAGACAAUAAACAGUUAUGUCAGCAUUAAACUUGAUCAAAUAUAAAUAAUACGGAUGCUAUAAAUAACAAUAUUGUUUAUUAAUUUAAUUAAAAUAUACUAAGAUAUGUCUUUAUAAA